UCUCCUCUCGAAGAGCAGAAGAUGGUGAGCUUACACAAUGGUGAGCUUUUUCAUGAUACUUCCCCAAACACCAAAAGGUUUCAGAAUGCCAUUGUAAAAAAAAAAAGUACAAAAGCAGAUGAAACUACCUUGCUUUAAAUUAGUGUCUUUUCUGCUGCCAGCUGUCCCUCUUGGAAUGUUAAAAACAUGCCAAGUUCUGACAAUCACAUUCUUUGUCAAAAUAAAAUUUAGAUUUAGAAGAUGUGCCUGCUCUGUGCCAGUACUGUACUAGGUCCUGGAGAAAAUAUAAGGAAUACAAAACAUCGUCCCUGUCCAAGGAACAACCUGGCUGACUGAGUGACACUCAAGAGUCAUUAAGUCACCACUGUGCUGAGAAACAAUUUAUUACUUCAAAGUUUGAAAAUAAUGUACUUUAAAACGUAGAUAUUGAAGUUGUUCCUUGUGCUCUGAUACACCUUCUUCAAUGGGAGUACACCACAGAAAGAUCUCCCAUGGAAAUAUUUCCAGUCCUGUGAGUCUUUGUAGAUAAAAGACUAAAAUUACUGCUUGAGGAAAUAGGGUGGGCAGGCCUUUGACAGCUCUCUGCUGUAACCCUCAUUUUAUUGCUAGGUUUUAUCUUAUAAUCCAGAUGGCUGAGGAUGUCAGAAGUCUAACCUUACUAAUCCCCCGGGUCAUUUAAUCUAAUUAAUAACAUAUCUGUAAAAAAGAAAAAAACAAAAACAAAAAACAACCAACCCUGUAUUUUAAUGCUUUGCUGUACAGGAGUACAAAACAUUUAGGCAUUUAUAAAAUUGUAUGUCUACAAGGGAUAUUGCCUAUCUUUAAUAAUGAUCAAUCAUCACUUCCACUGGCAAGGUCUCUUAGCUGGGUUUCAGUAAUACCACAUUCUUGGGGGUUUUAAAUAUCUUUUGAGUACUUCUUUUAAUUUCCAUCAUCCAAUCACUUCUAUUCCACAGACUCUACCUGGUGGUCUCAAAGAGUUCCUUGCUUUCAAUUAGCAUCCAUUCUGUAGUUUGGACGUCUCUCCUGGGCUCCAGACCUAUUUAAUGGUCAUCAGACCUCAAAUUUAUGAGACAAAACCAAACUCAACUACUUGUCGAAGAGUAAGGCUUGAUUUUCUUACGUUUUUUCCCCUUCAUCUUUCCAAUUCCUUCCCUGCUUCUCUCUCCAACAAAUGCACUCGAAUUUCACCAGUACUUUGUACCACUCUUAAGAGAUUUUAAUGUAUGGUUUUAAUUCACAAACUUUGUCUUAACCUGUUAAGAUUUCAGUUGCCUUUUUUUUUUUUUUCCAUCAGCUGCUUUUAAGAAGAGUAUGGGCAUCCUUAUUCCCUUUAUCUCGUACCUCUCCCUAUGGAAAUGUAAUUUUCAGUAUUUGGUCAGUGGACAAACAUAAGAAGACACGUAAAAGAAUCCUGACGAAUUUCUUCCUGUUAUAUUUUUAUUGAUAGGUUCUUUUCUGUCUGGGAGCUUUCUGAGCGUAUUGGCAGAAGCAGCAGUGCAGUGUUAAUUCUUCUCAUAAUUUAACCCAAAAUGCAAACAAUUUCUUCUAUUAGUUAUCACCUUUUGAAGGCUUCCCUGGACCAGGCUUACGCGCGACAAUCUUAACCACCCCUCUUCCCCAAUCUUGGGGUUUGCUUCGAUAGCCCUUAAAAGCGCAUCGUUUAUUAACUGCUGUGCAUCAGGCCGUAGAAGAUAGGGGUCCCUGCACCUUCAGGGCCUAGCAGAUGGCAGGGCUUAAAAAACGUUUGCAGAUCGAAUGAAUUAGUAAGGCCACAAAAGUGUCAAAGCACCACUUACUGCGCUCUAACAGGACCGAAUAGGCCCCAUUCCUAGAGAGACCUCUUAAAAGCUGCCUCUGGGCGGCUAGAAUCCGAAAGGCAAUUUACUUGACUUUCUUCCGGUCUAAAACGCUAAUAAAAAUCCCCGACCGAGAUUUUUUUCCCCCCCAGGAAGCCUGCACCGACCAGGUCUCCGGAGGAAACACUAAAGCCAAGCCCCGCCCCGUUCCUGUCCCCACCUGCUCUGCAAAGGCCGGACUCGCGCACGCACCGGCACCGAGGCGCGCCCGGGAGGCAGCCGCGCUUCCGCAGCAGGCACAGCAGCGGCCGUUCCGGGACCGGCUCUCCGGGCAGACGUCACUCAAGUCAAUGCGGCUCCGCCCCCUUCAAGAUGGCGUUGCGCUCAGUACGGAAGGCGCGUGGGUGCUGGAGCUUCAUCCGGGCACUUCAUAAAGGACCCGGAGCUGCUCAUCCUCCCCAGAAAGAUGCUGUGAAGCGAGUAUUCUCUGGCAUUCAGCCUACAGGAAUACCCCACCUUGGCAAUUACCUGGGAGCCAUUGAGACCUGGGUGAAAUUACAGGAAGAGCAUGGCUCGGUGCUGUACAGCAUUGUUGACCUACACUCCAUCACUGUCCCCCAGGACCCGGCCGUCCUUCGGCAGAGCAUCUUGGACAUGACUGCUGUUCUUCUCGCCUGUGGCAUUAACCCAGAGAAGAGUAUCCUUUUCCAACAAUCUCAGGUAUCCGAACACACACAGUUAAGCUGGAUCCUUACCUGCAUGGUCAGACUUCCCCGGUUACAGCAUUUACACCAGUGGAAGGCAAAGAUUGCCACACAGAAGCAUGGUGGAACUGUGGGCCUGCUCACAUACCCAGUGCUCCAGGCAGCGGACAUCCUGUUAUACAAGUCCACACACGUUCCUGUCGGGGAGGAUCAAGUCCAGCACAUGGAGCUCGUUCAGGAUCUAGCACAAGGGUUUAAUAAGAAGUAUGGAGAGGUCUUCCCCGUGCCCAGGUCCAUUCUAACAUCCAUGAAGAAGGUGAAAUCUCUCCGUGACCCUUCUGCCAAGAUGUCAAAAUCGGACCCUGAUAAACUGGCCACCGUCAGGAUAACAGACAGUCCAGAGGAGAUCGUGCAGAAAUUCCGCAAGGCUGUGACAGACUUCACAUCAGAGGUGACCUACGAACCAGCCCGGCGAGCCGGGGUCUCUAACCUGGUGGCCAUUCACGCAGCAGUGGUCGGUGUCCCUGUGGAGGAAGCACUCCAACACAGCGCAGGCCUGGACACUGCUCGCUACAAGUUGCUGGUGGCCGAUGCCGUGAUUCAGAAAUUUGCUCCAAUUAAGAGUGAAAUUGAAAAACUUAAGACAGACAGGGGCCACUUAGAGAAGGUCUUACAGGUUGGGUCAGCAAAAGCCAGGGAAUUAGCCCAUCCUGUGUGCCAGGAGGUGAAGAAAUUGGUGGGGCUUCUGUAGGAAGCAAGGCUUUUAUGACUUACAGCCUGUGCACUCCAAUAAAGGCAGCCUUCCUCACAAAUGAAAAAUGAUGGCUUGGGGACAUUUAAUUUUGGUUCACCUGGUUAUUGGCUUCAUUUGAUAAAUAAGGAUUUGUAACCUUCAAAUAGAGUGGUGUUCUAAAUCCCAUCAGCAAAAUGCUGUGGCCAAAAAUAAUAGAGAGAAGCCAUGACUAUCUGAAUCCUCAAUUAUUUGAGGCACACUCCUUACCCUGAAUUUAGGUAUAUGAAUGUGAUUGAGGUGAGCGGUGGUUCAAACUCACCUGCUUCACUGACUGAGCCAGCCAGGUGCCCCUCUGUUCCAACCCUCUUAAAAAGUAAGACGGAGAUUCUUAGACUUCUAAUCCUGGGAUGCCAUUUGGACCAAUUUGUAUUGAAAUCAACUUAUAAAAAUAAUUUGAUUAUUAUAGUUCCUUUGUCACUGAGAUAGUACCUGCCUAAAUGCAUUUAAGCUGCUUUACUUGUUCCCAACAAGACCACACUGACUGUCCCAAUAAGUAUAGUUUUGUUCAAUUCAGAAAUACAUGAUAUAGUCCUCUGAGACGGUUGAUUAUUUCAAAUCGAUUGACUUAUUAAAACCCAGGUUCCUGGA